GAAUUAUCCAAAAAUUUGCUUAGUGCUUUUUUCUACUGAGCGUUUUCUGGCUCACCCGAAUACAUCUCUUGAAAUAUUUUAGGCGAUUUUCUUCAUUCUUUUGGUGAUUGUUGCGGCAACGUUGCUUGUCCAUGUACUUAUUAUAUCCAAAUUGUAUUUUAUUCCAGAAAGCUUAGCUAUUGUUAUCUUAGGUGCCUUGGUUGGCCUCGUACUGUCCUACAGUAAAAGCGAUUGGACGCAGGUUGAAACAUUCAGUCCGAACAUCUUUUUUCUUGUUCUUCUUCCUCCGAUCAUUUUUGAAAGCGGCUAUAACUUGCAUAAGGGUGACUUCUUCGCCAACAUGUUCCCAAUAUUAUCAUUCGCAAUAAUCGGUACGGUGAUAUCGGCUCUAACUAUCGGCUCAGCGCUGUACAUUCUCGGGCAAGCAGAUCUCAUAUACAAAAUUACGGCGGCGGAGAGUUUCACAUUUGGUUCGAUGAUUUCUGCUGUGGAUCCCGUUGCCACGCUUGCUAUAUUUCAAGCAUUAAAUGUGGAACGGAUGCUGUACAUGCUUGUGUUUGGGGAAUCGAUGCUUAACGAUGCAGUGGCGAUCGUACUGACUUCCACCGCAGUUGAAAUGUCGCAGCAGAGUACCUUGGAUUCAUCUUCGGAUAACAUGCUAUUCCCAGCAAUCUCUCGCUUUACUUUUGUCUUCCUUGUUUCCGCUGUACUCGGUGCAUUUGUUGGAUUUCUUUCUGCGCUGCUGUUUAAACACGUCGAUUUGCGGAAGACGCCAGCUUUGGAGCUUGCAUUAUUACUCAUAUUUGCAUAUUUGCCCUAUGGACUCGCUGAGGCCAUCUCGCUUUCCGGUAUAAUGGCAAUUUUGUUCUGCUCGAUAACGAUGUCUCAGUAUACACAUUUCAACAUUUCACCAAUCACUCAGAUCACUAUGCAACAAACGUUCAGAACAAUUGCAUUUGUAGCAGAGACGUGUACAUUCGCUUAUCUGGGCCUCGCCUUGUUCACAUUCAAACUUGAAUUCCGUCCUAUGUUCAUAGUAUGGAGUAUCUUGUUGUGCUUUAUCGGCCGCGCUCUCAAUGUAUUUCCGCUCGCUUUUGUGGCGAACAAUUGCCGUCGUUCACAAAUAUCCUUCAAAAACCAGUUCAUAAUGUGGUACAGCGGGAUGCGAGGUGCAGUGGCAUUUGCACUGGCACUUCACAUUUCAAUUGAAAAUGAGGAAACAAAAAGGGUUUUGCUCACAACGACACUUUGCAUCGUAUUGUUCACCAUUAUUUUCCUCGGUGGCACAACUUUGCCUCUUCUGAGGGUAAAUUUUUUUGUUUUGUUAGAUGCACUAGUAGAGGCUUUCGGAGACCAACCGUCCUCUUGCUUCACACCUCUGCCAUUUCUUAUUUUUAGACGCUUGAAGACUUUAAAGGCUUAUAUCUGUUUUUGGCGCUGUUUUUAAAA